AAGGCCCAACCCAACUGCGUCCAGAGGCCCCCGAGCACAGUUUCCUUGUUCCCUUCUGCUUGUGCUUGCUCCCUACGCCGACCUGAACGCCCAUCGCCGCCGCCGCCAGCCCGCCAGCCAUCCACGUCGGCCAUGGCUUCUUCCGCCGCGGCGAGCGCGUUGCGGCGCUCCAUCCGCGGUGCCCUGCUGCGCGGCUGCUCCCCGUGGCGCCCUGCAGCCUCCGCCGGCGCCCGGCCGGCCAGCACGGCGGCCUCCGGCGCGGCGGCGGAAGCGGCGGCCGCGUCGAAGAAGGUGCCCCCGCCUCCACGCAAGGGUAGGCUUUUGACUGGGGCCAUGAUAGGAUUGGCCAUUGCUGGAGGUGCUUAUGUGAGUACUGCCGAUGAAGCCAAGUUUUGUGGCUGGUUAUUCAAAUCAACAGAACUUGUGAAUCCACUUUUUGCACUGUUAGAUGCUGAGUUCGCUCAUCGUUUGGCUGUUUCUGCUGCUGCUCAUGGAUUUGUUCCAAGAGAAAAGAGACCUGAUCCAUCAGUUCUUGGGCUAGAGGUUUGGGGUAGGAAGUUUGCAAAUCCAAUUGGUCUUGCCGCUGGUUUUGAUAAAAAUGCCGAGGCAGUUGAGGGUCUGUUAGGUCUUGGAUUUGGCUUUGUGGAAGUUGGCUCUGUGACACCCCAGCCUCAAGAGGGAAACCCCAAGCCUCGAAUAUUCAGACUACAAGAGCACGGUGCUGUAAUCAACCGCUGCGGCUUCAACAGUGAAGGUAUUGUGGUCGUUGCUAAGCGUCUUGGGGCACAACAUGGUAAGCGGAAGAUGGAAGAAACUUCGAGCUCCAUGUCUCCCUCAACCAGUGAUGUAAAGCAAGGAGGGAAAGCAGGACCUGGAAUUCUGGGAGUGAAUCUUGGCAAGAAUAAGACUAGUGAAGAUGCUGCUGCUGAUUACGUGCAAGGAGUUCAUUCGUUGUCCCAGUAUGCUGAUUACCUGGUCAUAAAUAUUUCUUCCCCAAAUACUCCUGGUCUUCGCAAACUGCAAGGUAGACAGCAACUGAAAGAUCUCGUGAAGAAGGUGCAAGCUGCACGAGAUGAGAUGCAGUGGGCUGAAGAUGGUCCACCACCAUUGCUUGUGAAGAUUGCACCGGAUUUGUCUAAGCAGGAUCUGGAAGACAUUGCUGCAGUUGCUCUUACUCUUAGGUUGGAUGGCCUGAUUAUAUCGAACACAACCAUUUCAAGACCGCCUCCUGCAGACACACAUCCAUUAGCUCAGGAAGCCGGUGGAUUAAGUGGGAAGCCUUUAUUUGACUUAUCUAACCACGUUCUCAGGGAGAUGUAUAUGCUUACACGGGGCAAGGUUCCCCUUAUAGGCUGUGGUGGUGUAAGCAGCGGAGAGGACGCAUACAAGAAGAUACGUUCUGGAGCUACUCUUGUUCAACUUUACACUGCCCUUGCCUAUGGGGGUCCAGCUCUCAUCCCCAGAAUAAAGGCUGAGCUAGCAGAAUGUUUGGAAAGAGAUGGCUUCAAAUCUGUCCAGGCAGCAGUUGGAGCGGAUUGCAGAUGAGCUUUGGAGGAUUUCCAGGAAGACCCAAAUAACGACCAAGAUCACGUGAUCUCCUUGAGAUGCUAGCACAUUUUCCACAAGCAAAUAUACUUUCGCAAAUUCAUCCCGGAAGCUAUUUGAAACGAGAAACUCCAUAGAAACUAUUUUGAGGGUUUGCUACUCACUUUAACCUUUAGCAAGGAGUGGUCAUGACACGUGCGUAUACAUCACCUCUUGUUUGCUUCUAAGCAAAGCUGUACAAGAAAUUUUGGUUAACUUAUGUGUAUAUGUCCAGGUUUCCAUGUGGAAAAAGGUCUGUCUAAAAUUUUUAUGACAUCUGAAGCUGCAUUUCGCCUCUCUUGUUUAAUCCCAAGCUGAAUGAACCCUUGCUCUUC